AAAAACAGAAACACUCUCUUCACCAGAAUCAUGGAUUAUGUUUUUCUCAUUCUGAUCAUCAGCGUGUUUCUGAAUGUGGAUUCAGCCGUAGCCAGAAAGCAAUUGCAGAGUUCAUCAGCCAACUCUUUUGUCCUUGGAAUUAAGCACUCAAGGAUGACUCUCUUAACUCCAAAACGAGCUGUCUCAUCAGUUCAAUCAACAACAGGUAGCAGUAGUGCAAGUACUCAUGAAUCAGAACCCUUUGUCAUGGUGGAGCCAUUAAGGGCAGUCCGAGAUGGGUACCUAAUACCUCUUUAUUUAGGUACACCCCCACAACUCAUUCAUGUGUACAUGGAUACCGGGAGUGAUCUCACUUGGGUUCCAUGCGGGAACAAUCUCUCUUUUUUCCAUUGCUUGGAUUGUGAUGAUGAUGGGAUCAACAAGAAGUACUACUUGACAACUGCUUUCUCUCCAUUCCAUUCUUCUUCCACAGCUAGAGAGCCUUGUAGUAGCUCCUUUUGUAUUGACAUUCAUAGCUCAGAUAACUACAUUGACCCUUGUACCAUGGCGGGUUGUUUGUUGAGUACUCUCAUAAAAUCCUCAUCAUCAUGUGGGUCAUGUCCUUCUUUUGCUUACACUUAUGGCGCAGGUGGAGUUGUCACAGGGAUGCUUACUAGAGAUACCCUUAGGGUUCAUGAAAAUAUUAAUGAUGUUACUAUUAGCAUUAAUAUUAAUAAUAAUGGUACUAUUAUUAGUAAUCCAACUAGGGAAAUACCAAACUUUUCAUUUGGGUGUGUGUGGUCCACUUAUAAAGAGCCUGUUGGGAUUGCAGGGUUUGGUAGGGGAACUCUUUCACUUCCAUCCCAAUUAGGUUUUCUUCAAAAGGGUUUUUCUCACUGUUUCUUGCCCUUCAAAUUUGCAAACAACCCUAAUAUUUCAAGCCCACUAGUUAUAGGAAACUUAGCUAGUAUUUCUUCUGAUCAAGAUGAAAACUUGCAGUUUACCCCAAUGUUAAUGAGUUCAAUGUACCCUAACUCUUACUAUAUAGGUCUAGAAGCCAUUACCAUAGGAAACUCUAGCUCAAGUAGUGAAGUGCCUUUGAGUUUGAGAGAAUUUGACUCAAGAGGAAAUGGUGGCAUGUUGAUAGACUCAGGCACAACAUAUACACAUUUUCCUGAGCCUAUCUACUCUCAACUUCUUUCCACACUUAGCUCAGUGAUAUCUUCUUAUCCUAGAGCUGAGGAUAUGGAAAUGAAGACCGGAUUCGAUUUGUGCUAUAGAAUUCCAUAUACUAAUCCUCAUAAUAAUGAUAACACCAGCAACAGUAACACUAUUGAUACUACCAGAGAAGAUUUUGAUAUUCUUCCAUCAAUUACAUUCCAUUUUUUAAACAAUGUGAGCAUUGUUUUGUCUGAAGGAACCCAUUUCUACGCCAUGGGACCGCCGAGGAACGCCACUGUGACUAAGUGCUUAUUGUUUCAAAGGAUGGAAGAUGGCGAAAAUGGGCCGGCUGGCGUGUUUGGAAGCUUCCAACAACAGAAUAUGAAGGUUGUGUAUGAUUUAGAGAAAGAGAGAAUUGGGUUUCAGCCUAUGGAUUGUGCUUCUUCUGCAGUAUCUCAUGGACUUCACAUUUUGAAACCCUAAUAUAUAGGCUAAUUAAUAAUGCAUGGUAGCUUAUCUUUGGUAGUGCAGUCUUGGACAACACAAUUUUGUUGUUGUUUUUUAAUCAAAAUCUCAUAACUCAAGAAAAUAAUGAGGUUUUUAUGUUUUGUUAUUUUUGUUUUGUUGUGGUUUUCAAUUCUAAAAAUGAUGAAAAUUACGAGUAUGGUGCAUGAUC